AUGGGUUUCGCGCACAACAACGUCCUCCACCAGAACCAUUUCCGCAAGGAUUGGCAGACCCGGGUCCGCACCUGGUUCGACCAGCCCGGCCGCAAGCUCCGCCGCCGCACUGCCCGCAAGACUAAGGCUGCCAAGCUCGGCGUUCGCCCCCUCACCCUCCUCCGCCCCGCUGUCCGUGCGCAGACCGUCCGCUACAACCGGAAAAUUCGUGAGGGCCGCGGCUUCACCCUGGCUGAGAUCAAGGAGGCUGGUAUUGGCAAGAAGGAGGCGCGUGGUGUCGGCAUCGUCGUCGACCACCGGAGGCGAAACCUGAGCGAGGAGGGCAAGGCGAUCAACGUUGAGCGCCUGAAGGUGUACAAGGAGCGCCUCAUCGUCUUCCCCCGCAACUCGAAGAAGCCCAAGAAGGGCGACUCCACUGGUGACGACCUCUCCGCCCCCACGACCCGCGCGACUCUCCCCAUCCCUUCCCCCUUCGUCCGCGAGGAGCCCCGCAAGAUCACCGAGGAGGAGCGCGAGUUCAAGGCUUACCGCACUCUCCGCGACGAGCGUGCCACCGCCCGCAACGAGGGCAAGCGCAAGCUCCGGGAGGCGAAGAAGGCCGAGGAGGAGGCCAACAAGAAGAAGUAA